GAGAGUGACCGGUGAGUGAGAACGGUUCGUCUGAGGACCCUGUUAUUUCGUCUGCUUGUGUUGCUUACUGUGUAUAUCUAUAUCAAAUAUCUUUGGACUACUGUUGAAAUAGUGGAUACCUAUUUGAGAAGGUGUAAGGCUAUGAGUGAGGCGUGAUUGUACGAGUGAACGCAAUGGAGUUGGUAAAGAGGUAUAUUCUUCUGUUCCUGUGCUGUGGCCUUCUGUCCUUCAUAGAAGCAAGGCCAAGGAAAACACUAGAAAAGAAAAAGGCUGUGAAGAAUUGGUGGGACGAGGACUGGAGUCAGUGGUUUGGAGGAGACAACCAGGAUUCCAAACUGUCGGAGAACCAUGUGGCAGAUAGCCAGCACAACAAGGACACUGAGGCUGCAGCUCAGGCUGUCAAACCUAAAGACAUUGUAGCACCACCUGCCCCCCUCAAGUCAAAGGGCGACAGUGUUAAACCACUAGCAAAACACCAGCAGCCCCAGCAGCAUCUAUACAAUCCCACAGAGGAGAAAGGCUGGGAUGACAAGUAUGAUGUAGACUACAACAAGUUUGUGGAUGAUGAUGAUGAUGUGGAUUAUGGUAAGGAUUAUGAUGAUAUUGAAGAUGAAGAGGAGGAAGAUCUGGACUCCAGUGAGGAGGACUACACAGACUCCUCUGAAGAGGCCAGUGAAGAAGCUGUGGAAGAAAAGGAUUACAAGGAAAUUGAUGAGAUGAAAGCCAAGACUGAAGCUCCCAAGGUUCAGGUCAACAUGGUGAAUAAGGAACCCGAUCAUGUCCAGAAGGAAACGACUUUCCGCAGCUACGGCAACGACAUGGCCAUUGUACCCGUCGAGAAGCAUGCUGAUGAGAAGCAGCAACUGGCUGAGCAGAAGGAAGUCUCCAAGGAGAUGAUGUUGGACACAUUCCCGGAUGUCAAUACACAUUCUGUAAAGAAGGACCUGAUGAAUCCUGCUUAUCUGAAGGAGUAUGCUAAGACCAAGCCAGACCUCAAAACCAGUCCCAACCCACCUCCACCUGGUCUGGUUGACGGCAAGAUGACCAUGGUGACACCUUCUGGGAAGAAGCCAGUCAAGGAAGAGAAGACGUACAUCCAGUCCAAGCCUCUAGCUCUCUGUCAGUCAAAUUCAGAUUGCCGAGUUGGUCGCAUGUGUCAUGACAAGGUCUGUGUCUGUCUCAGUAUUGAAGGCUGUCAGGGUCAUUACAAGCCAGUGUGUGGGUCGGACAACAACUGGUACCCAAGCCACUGUGAGCUCCACCGCAGUGCAUGUGUGAGUGGAGAACACAUCAAGAUCGACCACACGGGAAUCUGCUUCAAGAUCAAGGAAAAGCUGGACAAGGAACAGGCUGAAGCACAGGUCAAGGUCAAAGAGAACACAGAAGCACCUUCCAUUGACCGAUCUGAAAUUGACAUUGACAAUGACAUACCACAAGAUGCCAUCAAGUCUCCCAUCAUCAACUCUGCUGAAAUCUAUGACUACCCAAAAACUUCAGCUAAGGGACAACCUCUCAAACAGACUGAAAAACCAGUUUACAAGGAAGACGUACAGGUCAAGGCCAACCUGAUGUUAGAGGAUGGGGAGAAGAGUGUAGAAGGAAAGGGUAUCCAGAGGAAGAAGGAUUGCACAAGGGAGGAAUAUGAGAAGUUCAAACAGAGCCUGCUCCAGUAUCACUGUGAGAAGUUCACUGAGCCCAACUGCCCAACUGAAGUCCAGGAAGAGCGCGAGUACCUGGCAACUCUGAUGUUCAGCUUCUAUGAUCGUGACCUUGACUUCUACCUGGAGGAUGCUGAGGCCAGAGAGAUGGAGGAGAAGGAACACUAUGAGCGUCUCUCCGACGCCUGCAUCCUCUCCGACAUGAUCCCCUACGCCGACCGCAACCCUGUUGAUGGGAAACUGUCUGUUAGCGAAUUCAUCGCUGCCUUCAAUGGUUCGAUGAAGGUGAAGAAAUUGCAGCAGGACAUGAAAGUCAUCCCGACCUUGGCUACCGUUGGGAAUGGCCUUGAACUUAAGUGUAGUGUGUCAGGUGCAGAGGAGAUCGUCUGGAAGAGAUUUAGCACUGACAUCCGUGAACUGAACAAUGAUGAACUCACGGUUUUCGAGGAUGGAUCUCUGUUUUUCUCCAAGGUCGGGGUGCACCACAUGGGAAACUACACCUGCGAGGACAUCAACAACCCUUUGGUUCAGCAGAUACAUAAUCUCAAAGUGCAGAUGCCCCCUCUGGUCCGUAUCUCGCCAUCGUCACAACUGAUGCAGUCCAACUCGGAUGUGGUCAUCAAGUGUCAUGCAGAGGGGGUCCCAAAGCCAAAGAUCAGCUGGGAGGUCAACGAGAUGUCCAUUCCGGAUACACCUAACCAUUUCGUCAGAACUCAUGAGAAUGGCACCCUGACAGUGCACAAGGCUGACUAUCUGAGGGACACCGGUGCCUACAAGUGUAUUGCCAACAACCAGGCCGGCCGAUCUGAUGACGUGGCCUCCAUCUUCAUACAGAACCCAAACAAGACAAACUCUUAUUCAUAUUCCCAAAAGUCUUACGGCUCCUUCAUCGUGUUCCACCACAAGGGUUACACCGUCUACGAACCUGAGACCUGCCUCCUGCAGCGAGAUGUCACGCCAGAGUUCGGCAACUUCAAGUUCAUCCCCGACAACAUCGAUGCUCCCCUCAAGAUGUGCGACUCAGCCACGGGGUGCGAGUGGGGCGCAGUCACCAAUGUCAAGGACUUUGUGUAUGUCAGUCAGCCCAGGCUCAACAGAGUCAUUGUGGUGGACACAGCCCGGAAGCUGAACCCUAUUCAGGUGAUUGACACAGACAAGGCCCCCAUGGCUCUGCACUAUGUUGAGCAUCUUGAUCAAGUCUGGGCUCUUUGCUGGAACAGCGAGACUGACAGCAGCCUCAAAACCAUCAUCGUCAUCCGUGACGCCAGCAAAUAUAUCCAGCACCACGCAGUCCAUACACAGCCUGUAGGCAACAGGUUCGAUAUGGUUCAGGAUCUGUUCCUGGCGCCCACCAACGACCUGCACCACGCCUUUAACUACGGUUACAUCACCCACAACGGCCAGCAGGGACUGUUCAAACUUGACCUGAAGACCAUGAAGUAUGUCAAGGCCAUCGACUUCUCCUCCUAUAACUGUGUACCCAAGAGUGUCUCCUUCGUACCUAUCGGUGGACAUGUGAUCGUCCAGUGUGUGUCCAAAUCCACCCAUGAGACCAUCCAGCUACUGAUGGACUACCUCACCGACACCAUCAUCUCCAAGACCGCCAUCCCAGGCAAACCCUUCGUUGCACCUGACUCCAAGCACAUCGUCACUGUGGAUGACUUCUAUGGCAAAGUCUCUGUCUUGACGGUUUCAGAUGAUGGUAACCUGGAGUCUGAGUUUGAGGUGACUCUGAGCUGCAGCAUCAGCGAUGUGGCCUUCUUCUCUUCUGCCGUACAUCCUGGGUAUGAUGUUGUAAUGACGUCCGCUGAUGAUGACGAUAUCUUCUUCCUCAGUCUCACUAAUGGCAAACUGGACAAGGUCAAAGGAUCCAGCCUGACAGACCGGGACUGGAAGCCACAGCCGCUGAAAAAGACACUUGUAGCUGGAGGCGUCUUCAGCAACUUCCUCCUCAGCUCCCUGCCAACAUCUAUUCGCAUCAUCAACGGCGAACUGCAUCAAGUACAGUGUACAUUUAAAGGCCCAGUCAACAGCCACGUUAUUGCCUUUAUAGAAAACUGAACACCACAACAUGCAAUGUUAAUUCCCCACAUAUCUAUUUUAAGAACAACGUUUAGCUCUAUGAACAAGCAAGACCUCUAAAGGAUUUUGAGAAUGUAUGGUUAGACGAUUUUAUGAAAUGUCAUUUACAGCUCAACCAAGAUCGUGAGAUUUGUAUUUGAAGUUACGAUUUUAACCUUCCAAUCCCAACAUGUAAAGGAGUACCCCAUACUGUGUGAAAAAACCUAGAUAAGGAAGGGAAAUAUAGAUCAUGAUUAUAGAAAAUCAUUCAUUAAUCAUCAACUGUCUGCACUCUAUGAAGGGAGACAACUCAUUCUGGGACAAGAAGGGGAGGUAAAUACAAGAGUUAAGUCCCCUAUCAUACUUUGCACUAGUGACACAGUGAGCAUACCUCAUCGUUUGCUUCUAGUAUCUUGAACCGGAACACAGUAACAUAUUCACAUCAUCCUGUCAUCAUCUUAAUGUAUCCAUUUUGUUGUGUAGAUGUUAUUUAUCAAUGCUGUACUAUCUUGUCAAAGGCAAACAUGUCAGAAGUAGGUUGUGACCAAUCACCAGUGUUUGUCAUGUGUGUGCAUAUAUCUUAACAAAAGUACUGCAAAUUUAUGUCGAAUAUCUAUUUGAUAGAUGUGAAAAUGCUUUGAGACAUUGUGCUAAAGUUGCAAAUAUUUUUAUCAUUUUAUGAUACCAGUCUUUGAAUUUAUUGGGCACUACUGUCCAAAAAGUUGUUUUUUCACCUUGACUUGAUUUUAUAGUCAUAUUGUUUCACGGAAAUUUAUAUUGUAUAUUGAUGGUAUUCAUUGCAAAUGCAAUUUUCAUGAGCACUUUUUCAAUUAGUGUUAAUUGAGUGCAGUCAUGCGGGUACACGUCCUCAGCUGUUACUGUGUUGUUUGUAUACUGACCUGUUUGCGUGUAGCUGGCAGUGUAGGUAUAGCAAAGGGAGAGCUUUACAUAUGUAGACGUAGAUCUAGGACAGUAUAGACCUUCAACAUGAGAGUAGAGAUAGCUAGUGUACAAACCAUUUGGACCAUAGGUGAAGGAGAGACACGCCAUCUCGGAUAAUUCAUUCAGGAUCAAUUCAAUAUCAAAUUACAUUAUUCCAAUUUGUUCAGCAUGAGUUUGAUAUCUAGAUUUUUUGUUGAAGUUGUGAACUAUUAACAUAAUAUUUAAAGAUCUGACAUGUCGUUCUUCUGUUUGCCACAUUGGUGUUAUAGAUUAAUAUUGUAUUUGGUUGUGUCAUUAUGUGUUGUGUGUUUAUUAUGUUGUUAAGAAAUUGCUAUUUCAGGUAAACCAUCGAAAUUUGGUCUUUGUUUUUUUCUUUCUAUUUUGUUGUUUUUGUUCCCACAGAUUUAUUCCAAUGUGUGACUUUCUGACACUGCUUGCUUGUAGGCAUGAGUGAUUUACAAUCAUUCAGUGAUAUCCUGAGGAAGUAAAUAUACUUCAAGAUGUAACUGGCAACGUUCAUACAAGAUAUGUAUUUUUAUGACAUCCUAGUUGAACUAAAUGUAUGCAGUCCUGUUCAUGCUUCUGUGAUUUUGAAGUAAAUUCAGCCCUUUAAAAACUAUUUUUGUUCACCUAGGUCAGUUUGAUAGCUUUUGUCUGUGAUUUUUAUCAGAAGGGUGGUUGAACAAAAUGGAAUUUGUACAUUCGUUUUGAGUGUUGCAAGUCUGUUUGAUGUCCAGAUCAGGGUGGCGUGACAAUAUAUAAACUUCAAAAUUAGUUGUCUUUAUUGAAAGAUCUGUAUAACUAUUUUUAUUCUGUUAACCAGAUAGUAGGUAAGCUGGGUUGUCAGAUUUAAAUGGCUCUAAUAUUUGAAAUUUUGAAAGUUUUAUAAUACCAACUGAUAACCAUACAUGACUGACCAAAUUCUUUCACCAUUUGGACUGAAGUGUUAAUUUGAAGAGCCAUAGUGAUUGGUCAGGGCUUUGUAAAGACCACUUGUGAUUGGCUGCCAGAUUGUGGCAGGUUUGGAUCCCGAUGCUUCUUGCUGUGAUUGCUAGCAACUGAUUGUAUAUAUACCCUAGUUAUGUGUCCUACAAUUGAACAUUAUGUGCCUUUUUUAAUGCUUUUUGUUCACUGCAUUUCUGUGGCACAUGAUCUGUGUACUGUUGAAGGUCUGUCCAUGAGACGGCAUCAAGGGGAGACAACCGCUGUGUAUCAUAAUGAAUAGCGCACUGCUCAAAGUGCACAGUUAAGGUAUAUAAGGUUGGCAUAUUGUCAUGUUUUUAUAGUUAUGUAUUUUUACUUUAUCCAUUUUUCAUGAUCACUUGAACAUUCCCUUUUCUGUUAAUAUUUUCAUGUCUUGUUUUUGUUAUCGUCUUUGUCAUAAUAAGCCAUUUUUAAACGCAUACUAGUUUGAUCAGGAAUGUAACUGUAAUAGAUCUAUUAAAUAGUCGUAUGUUUGCGAUGUAUUCAUUCCAGAUGAACUAAACUGGAAAUUUAAAAUUUGGAAGUGAUCAUGUUUAGAUUCGAGGAAUAUUUAUUCUCAUACAAUGUCUUCAUUGUUAAAAGGGUAGUACAUUAAGUGAAAGUAUACACAAUUUCUUGAACAUUAAUGAAUAAUAUUGGCUAUAAGUCUACAACCAGAUAUGUUUAGUGUUAGGGUAAGGGUUAACCUAGCCCUAACCCCAACCCUUGAACAUUAACGAAUAAUAUUGGCUCUAAGUCCACAACCAGAUGUGUUUCACACUUACAAACAUGUUACAUUCAGGGUAUCAACGUUAAUACUUUACAGCAUUCUGUUUGUAGGCCGGGAUUGGGUGUAGGCAGAUUGUCUAAUGGAGGAAGUGGUGGGGAGGUGAUGAAACUUAGGAUGAUUAGUUAGAUUUAAAUAUACAGACUGGAAACUGAUUGAGUGGAAGACACAUUGACAGGUUUUUGGACACACCCAUGUAAUGGUUCUGAAAACUAGUCAUGUUUUCAACUUUAUAUGUUUACAAUAACAGCACUUAUUACAUGUUUGGUUUAUUUACAGUUUUACCUUGUUCUGUGUACUUUGUGUCCAUUCAUUGGAUAAGUGCUAUGUACUGAAGUCAUGCCUCCAUUUAUUCACUAUAGAACAUAUUUAAAAGAAUAUCAAAAGAGACUAUGAUCAAAUCUGAACAGAAAUAGGUUAAAUGAGAUAUAUCAUAAAUAAGUUUAUUAUUAAGGGCCAUUUUAGGAACGUUAAGGAACGUUUAAUGGUAAUGUGGAAAACAAUGACAAAGUAUUUUGAUAAUAUUGCUUUCACAACUUUGUUUCAUAGAUGUCAUGUGAUUCUACAAAGACCGAUCUUGCUGACUAACCUUUGUAUAUGCAAUGUGAUUGAAUGUGAAAUCUGGCUUAAAGUGCACAAUUUUACCCUUUUUUGUGAAAUCGGUGAAAAUAUGUGUGAAAUAAAAACCUUUUGUUUAAAA